AUGAUGAUGAUGAUCCAACCAGAAAUUUUAGGAACACUAGUUGGAGUUCGGGCUUUAGAAAUCAUCCAUAACAACAAUAACAACGAAGAGUUGAACAUGGAGGAGAAUGGAAAACAGUUGAGUUGGUGGAUUCCUCUCGGAGUGGCCUUAUUGAUCUUGAUGAUGGCUCAAUUGAUACAUUCCGUUUACAAAGUCUUUCAACAAAGGAGCAAAUUGAAGGAUAUUCCGGGCACUUGGCAAUUCUUCUUUUCUCCUAUUAGAAUUCCUUUCUUUGCUCCGUACUUUUAUUUGGACAGUGCUUUUCAUAUGAAGAAAGUCAUUGAAAAGUGGGGAGAUCCUGAAACCAAGACCUUCCGAUUGACUCUUCCCGAUAAGAAUAUUGUAUAUGUUUCUGAUAAGAACAUGUUGAAGGAAAUGAUGGUCACAAAAUCCAACAAUUUUGAAAAGCCAAAACUAAGUUAUGAAUUGUUAAACAUUUUUGGAGAGAGUAUUUUGACAUGUUUGAACAAUGAGACUUGGAAAAAACACUUCAAAGUGUGCAGUCCUGGAUUUUCACCUGUCAACCUUCAAUUCAUGUGCAAGGUGGCAGUUAAAUCCUGUGAUUUAUUAUUUGAAAAAUGGGAUAAAGAACUUGAGGGACAAAAAGAAAUGAUGUUGCAAGUUGGAAAUUAUUCAGAUUUGACCUUGGAUAUUUUGGGUAAAGCGGGUUUUGGAGUGGAUUUGGGAAUUUUCUCAAAGAAUGAAAAAGGAGUCCAAUUUCGAAUGGCAAUGGACACUCUUAUUACAAGAGAUAUUGCAUUGAGAAAUUUUGUGAAACGCCGCUAUGAAAUACUCUAUCCUCUGUUUGCUUGGUGGUUUGGAACUGACAAGGCAACAAAGGUUUGCUCGGAUGCUCUGGAUGAAGUGAUCAAUCAUCGAAAAAAACAACUUUUGGGAAAGAGUCAUCUUUCUUUGGAUUCCAAUAAUGAAGAUCAAGAAGGACAUGAUAUUUUGAGUUUAUUGGUCGAAGCAAAUUUGAGUGAAAAGUUGUUGACAGAUGGAGAACUCAAAAGCAAUGCAUUCAUUUUGUCUUUGGCAGGACAUGAAACAACAGCAACAUUACUUUCAUGGGUGACUUUUGAAAUUUCAAAAAGACCAGAAAUUCAAGAAAAAUUGUUCAAUGAGGUUCAAAAAGUUUUGAAUGGAAGAGAUCCAACUUUUGAUGAUUUUGAAAAGUUGGAAUAUGUGAACAUGGUCAUUAUGGAAUCUCUUCGUUAUCAUCCUCCUGUGACAACAGUUGUCAAACAUGUUGCUAAAAAAUCAACCACAUUAGGAAAGUUCAAAGUUCCAAAAGGAACUCAAAUUCAUGCAUUUUUUUUGGAUAGUCACACCAGAGCUGACAAUUGGGGAGAAAAUGUGGAUGAGUUCAAUCCUGAUCGAUUCAAAGACGCCGAGAUGAGAGAACGAGUUCAACAUGAUUUUACAUGGAUUCCUUUCUCUGGAGGAAAUAGAAAAUGCAUUGGAUACAAGUUCUCAUUGAUGGAAGGAUGCAUGCUGCUAUCCAAGUUUGUUCAAAAGUAUCGAUUCAGAUUAAUGAAUGAUGAACGUGUAGAUCCUGUGGGCACAAGAACCAUUGCGGUUAGUAGACCCACAAAUUUGAAAGUUGCCAUCUCGAAACGAGAAUGUCACUAA